AUGGAUGACAAAGCAAUUAAAUCAUUUAUGUUGACAAACGUAGGCAGGUACACGGCCGGGUGCAUUUCUGUUGCUGGCUGGUGGUUUGAUUCACUCUCUUUCCUUGCUCUCGUCCCAGUUUCACGGUCUUCUGCCGACAUUUCACGUGAUAACGAAUUCGACGUGGUACAAGAGAAGACAUAGUUCUGGUUUUCACUCUCUAAAAGUCUUUUAAGGCAUUUACAAGAGCGAGUUUGGACAUAACCUGUUCUGUUUGAAACAUUCUUUAUAAGCUUAACCAAAAUAUCAACAGAAACGACAUGACCUCUAAGACCGUCAAACUGGUAAGUUUUGAUGUCAGAUAUAAAUCCUUGAGCCUCAUCAUUUUGCCCUUCGAAGAAAAUGCAACAAAUUCAAAAGCAUCCGCCAAAAUCCGCCAUUUUGACGAUAGAUUUGCGCAUGACUUUUCAAAGAAAACCGCCAAUACAAAGUACCUCACAUUCAUAAAUCAUCUGAUGAAAAAGUGUGACGUCACCAAAAACAGUAUGGCGAUGAAAUCUCAGUGCAUAGUUCAAACUUCAGGGCUAUAGAACAGCGUAUUUUUAGGGUAAAAUCCUCUUUUAGAAGAAGAUGUUUAGCUGGUGGUCCUCGCUAGGACCUGAAAAAAGCCAAAACGAUGAAAAGUCCGAGGGAAAAAACGCGGAAGGAGAACAUAAAACCGAAGGAGAUGUUUCAACAAGUGACGAUGGAAGGGCUGCCGAAAAUGAGAAGGAACAGCACCAAGAAUCGGCCAGCGGCAAGACAUCCGAGCUUGAUUAUGCGAGAGACAUGGCCAAGAAUGUAGGAAGUAAGUGGUUUUGUUGUCUCUACGUUGUGCUUUGCAGACAAUAAUAAUUACUUUAAAAUAGUUUCUCAGCUGAAGAGCGUAUAGCGUAAGAACGUCGACAGUCGAUUUUUUUGCCUCAGCCAUUUAGUUGUGUUAAGUUGCGGUUUUUUCAGGUUUGCUUAAACGAAAUUAUCACCUACCAAAAUUUGUUUUGUCAAAUUUGAUAUUAGGCCUCUAAACUAGUUGGAUCUAUUUUAUACAUGCAUCAGUGGAAAGUCCGAUCCUGUUGAUAUUGCAAACAUCUUGUUUGUUUUGCAUAAUUAUACGAGUCAAUAACCACAAAAGAGUUUCAAUAAGCUUGUAGCCAGUCGCUUCUGCAUCUGCUACAGCUGUAUCUUUCUUAGUAGGCCUCUAUCACCGAUUAUUUUGCAACAGAAAAUGGAAAACCAUCUUCUAUCAUAUUGGCAAUUGUAAAAGAACAUUAAAAAAAAAGUUAAAAGUUUGAAAAGUAAAAAAAAAAAUAAAAUAAAAAAAGAACAUUACAUGUAUUGUCUACAUGUAUUUGUUAACUGAACAGUCCCAUUUAUUUUGUAUCUACCCCGCAGUCAACUCACUGUAUGGGUCCAUAGGCUUAACGCCAUGAGCAAAUUUUUCUUUGAAAAAUCAGAUGCAAAAAUUGCAUAAUAUUUGUACAGUACAGUGGUCAACCUUGAUGUAACAAAGGGCCAAGGGACUUGCAAAAUGUGUUUGCUAUAACAUGGUCUCGUUAUGUCAAGGUUUUUUUUCAUAUAUUUUGAUAUAACUGGAGUAAAGAAAAUAGUUCAUUAUACAUGUACCAAGGACUUUGUUAUACAGAGGUUUGUUAUAUCAAGGUUCCACUGUAGUAAUGUUUGUUUUGACAGCUUAUAUCCAUACCCUGAAAGUUUUUAUUUUAUACUUUUGGUCAUUGAACUCCUGGAGGGAUACCCCUUCUGAUGGUGUAUUUGGGAGACUCCACUCAUAAGUGGUGCCUUUUUCAGGCUUCAGACAUAUUAAAGGGUAGGGAUUUUUUAAAGUAUAAGAAAGGGUAGGGAAAUUUGUAAUUGAUGGCAUUUAAAAGGGCCUUUACAAUCUAGAAAACAAACAAUAUGGUUGUAUCAAUUUAAUUUGCAAAGUGCUAAAAAAAAGACAAGAAGACUUAUAUACUGCUUGUAGAUAUCUGAAAGGGGCAUCAUUUUUCAAUGGAAGGUGUACAAAAAGAUACCUUUUUCGGCCGAAAUGGUAGGAGUUGGACCUUGGGGAUGGAGCCUUCCCAUAUAAAAGGUUGAUGAGUAGUCUCUCUCCUUCCAAGCAUUAAAUUGAGUGCUAGCCCUUUGUCGGAUCAAUUCACUCUUGAUUCAAUAUCAAUUAAUAUCAAGUAAAUUUUGUCCCGUUUUCACUUGGGCUAGAUUUGAUUACUAGCACCUUUGCAUUGUGUUCAUUAGGCAUCAGAGAUCGGAAAAUUCUCCGUUUACUACGUAAAAUUCUCUGCCUAAUGUUCGGUAGCUUAUGACAGUUUUUUAUUCAGAUGUGGAGCCUCUUUCAAAAUACUCUCAUGUAAUGUUACACCUUUCUCCUGCUACUAGGAUUUUUAAUAAAAAUACUGCCUUUGAAGAUGGCCUCUUUGAAAAGAAAAUUUGUUAAUACUGUACAUGACAAACCAUCUGCAUUAAUUUUGUUGAGCAUUGGUCAUGACAGAAAAUUUUUAUAAAAAAACUCUUCCACCAGUGCAGAUCAGCCCCAUCUCUCAUAAACAAUCUUCAGCAUCAGCGGCCUCUUGAGUGUUAACUAUUAUUAAUAUUUUUAAUGAUUAGCAAACAAACUUGUUUGAGUGUACCAGUAACUCUGUGCUUGAUGCUUUGCUUUUCAGGCUUCCUUUUCAACUUUGCCAGUGUUGCAACAAACACUGCUUAUAAAAUGAAAGAUACAGUGAAGGAAACUGUUGAAAAGCAGGUUUGUGUUUAAACAUGAUUUUGUCUUAAAAGAUUCAAGUGUUACCACAUUGAAUACCCAUUGUGUAUGACAUAGUCACAGUUGCAAGACAGUAACGAGAUUUGAAAGUGCUUCAAGCAACAUAUGUUUUCUAUUAGACAGAGUGAGAAAAAUUAAAUCUAACAGGUGCUUUACAAAGAAUUAAAAAACUGUUGACUUGUAACUUUUCAACCCUACAGUCCAUUAUUGAGGAUUUUAACAAGAAGCAAGAAGAAUUUGUCAAAGAGAAGCAUAAAAGGAAAGGUAAGGAUCAGAGCUCAUAUGAAUAACCUGUCACUGGAGUAUUGCUUAGUUUGUACAGGGUUGUCAUUAAGAGCUGGGGGCCAGGGAUUUUCCCCGGCUACUAAGAGAGUGGCCCCCGGCUACUUGUAUUGGCAAAUGGAAGAAAAAUAGAACCAAAAGAAAUCCCUAGCCGUUUGAUUCCCCGCCUACUUGUUGUAUUUACCCGGCAACUUGAAAUCUUAGCGACAACCCUGUUUAUAGGUGUUGUUUGUUCAAUUUUUUAUGGAUAGUGUGAACUUUACUUCAUUGUUUCAAAAGAAGACACUGUGGCUGAGCCAAAGAGCAUUAGACUUGUAAUCCUAACCCUAACCCUAAACUGAACCCCCAACACCCCCCACUGGAUCUGGACUAUGAUUUAAUUAUUUUUCUUCAACUCUAAACAGAACAUAAAUACAUCUUUCUGCAACUGCUUCACUGUGUAUAUAGCGGGCUCUCUUUUCUGUGGGUCAAAUAUAUAACAUUUAUACCAGAAUUACUUUUGACCAUAAAAAACAUUUUUCUCGUCUGCAGAGGUGGCUGUACCACCAUGGGUAGGAUAUAAUGAAGAAGAAACCAUGAAGAAUCAAAUACUGGCGCUUUCAACAGAUGAAAGAAACUUCUUGCGCGAUCCUCCUGCUGGUGUUCCAUUCCAUUUCGAUAGUGAUUCCAUGUACCCUGUUGCCUUAGCAACCCUUCAGGAAGAUAAGAACCUAAAUAAAAUGAGAUUCCAACUUGUUCCUAAGAAGUAAGCUAUGUACAAAAUUAAUCUGAUAAGUUUUUCUAUUACAGUUCAACCUCUCUACAACGGCAUUCACCUUGGGGACAGAAGAAAGUGGCCAUUGUAGAAAGGUUGAAACAAGAGUGAAUGUAUGGACUGUCUUCCAAAAAACAAAGGGCAGUUGUAGAGAGGUAGCCAUUACUGGAGGUUUGACUGUAUUAUAAUCUAUGGUUUUAUAAGAUAAAAUUAUAUAUAUGCAUUUUUUAUUUUUUAAAUGUCUUGAUACUUUGAGCAAAAGUAUUUUAUGCUCCCAGCUCAUUUUCAAAGACUCCUUUUUGCAACCUAAAAAUAUUAGUUAUUUUAAAAUGGAUAACAGACAUUAAAUUAAUAUUGGUCGCCAAAAGAAGACUUUUGUUGCAAUAUUACAUUAGAGGUUUAAAGAACCAAAAUUGCUGCCAGACAAUCACGUCCCAAUGUUUAGAGCUGCAUGCCACAUCUCAAGUCCUAACACAUGAUUGAUUUCUUGUUUUGAUAAGAUCUGUUCAUUACCCAAGGACAAGGCUGUGCUCUAAGAAAAAUUGAACGAGCCCAUUGUGCUCUCACCCUGUGAAAUUCAGAGUACCCAACAUAUGAUUCACAUGAAAAAAACUCAGACGAAGUGCCAUGGGCCAACACGCACUGCUAUAGUACAGCCUCAAAGGUCAUUAUUAGAUUUUAAUCCCAUCCAAUUCACUAUAUAAUAACUCAAUAUAAUUUGCAGAAUUAAAGAGGACAGAUUUUGGAGGAAUUACUUUUACAGAGUGUCACUUAUAAAACAAUCAACACAGCUCACAUCCUUGGCUGCCACGGGUAAAUUUAAUCUUCCUAAGUUCGGUUUAUUAAUAAUGAGAUGUACAAGUAUUUAAAUCAAUUGAUUUUGUCAUGUAUUAUUAUCAAGUUUGUCAAUGGUUUAAUUGAAAAGAUUCUGUAGAAUUUUGUUUGGUAUCUUUUCUUGACUGUUACUACACCAAGAUUCAUCAAAUUUUGUCUAAAAAAGUAAAUUAACUACUAUUGUUAAAAAGUCUUUGGAUUGAUUUUAUUUUCAAGCACACUUUUUAGUUGUUUUUUAAAUGUACAGUAAGUGAUAGUAACUGCCAUCACUUGUCAAUAUUUGCAUUUUUUUUCACACUACAGUACAGGCCACAGGUUUUUUUUUGCAUUAUACUGUACAUGUAAUGUUUUAGAUGUGUAAAUCUGCCAUAUUCAAUGCAAUUUAUAGGAGAAAAUGUAUGCAGAAAAAUACAUGACAAAAUGCACUCAACGAAAGUGUGAGCAAAAUUUUAAACAAAGAGCUUACAGAUUGCAUAUACAAAUAAUAAAUAUUAUUAUUAUUAUUAUUAUUAUUAAUUAUUAUUAUUAUAGAUGGCACUUUGUCAAAUCAUAACUGUGUAGUUUUUUAAUAGGUGGAAAUGGCCCUUGUGGUGGUGACAGACAAUCAUCAGCAUCAGAAGCUAAGACAGCUGACACUGGUUGGUGUAACUUACAUGUACAUUAACUUUUAAACUUUCCAUAAAGUCCCCCAGUAAGUUGAUAGGUAGAGUCUAAACUUGUGCAGGAUUUUUUUGCAUGAUUUUGGCCAAUAAUAAUUUUACAGAAGUAUUAUCGUACUCUACAGACUGUCUUCUAAGUUUGAAUCAUGGCAGCCAAUAUUUUCCACAUUACUUUUAUUAUUAUACAUUGUACUCACUAUCUGUCUUCUUAUUGGCUAAGAGCCUACAGUUAAUUUUGGAAAUCAGUGCAACCUAGAGAAUAGUUAGUGAUCUGCUACAUAUCACAGAUUAGUGACCAAUCUGUGGGGUGCAUGCACAAUGCAUGAUUUUCAAGAGUAAUGUCAAACUGUGUUCCAUACAAUACUGCACAUGGUUGUCCUUAUUUUCUUCAAAACCAUGUAUAAUAAAGCAAUAUUAUUAAAUUUGGUUAUUGUGAUAUCCUAAAUAAUUAAGGUAUCAGUAAGUGUUAUCAGCCUCACUCAGCUUUCAGCUCGGCUGAUAACACUUACCUCAACCUUGAUUAUUCUGGAUAUCGCAAAAACCUCAUUUGAUAAUUGUUUAUUUUUUUCCAUGACUUCUAUUAUCAAGCACAAAAGGCAUUCAGAAAAAAGAAGAGAUGUAAAAGGCCAGGAGAAAAUGGCUAGCAGUACACUUAUUAUAACUUGAUUUGGGGAUUACAGGCUAAUUGUUUGACUCAGAGCAUUUUUCUUAACUAAAGGUGUAAAGUGAUAAUAUCGUACUAUUAUUAUACAUAUUAUGUAUUACGAUUUGUUCACUCCAAAUCCCUACAAGCAGUCAGCUUGACUUAAUGCUCAGAAAGUGUUCUUGUUGUACAGUGUGUGACUGAUUUCAAGGCUUUGCCCUAUUUAAGAAAAUCAAAGAUCCCUAAGGCUCUGAACUUGUGCAAAAUGUGAAAACACUAAAAUUUCUUUGUAACUACCCAAAAACAAAAAUAGGAGACCACUGGACACUGAUAGAGUGUAUCUCAUUUCUUUUUUUUUUUCAGAAUCAAGCCAAAGUGCACCAGUUGGUAUACCUGGAAAGACAACAGAUGCACAGGUAUGUAUUUUGGCUUACCAAAUUGUUUGCUCAAUAAUGCAUCUCACUAUAGUGUUGGAAAAAGAAUUGAUUCAACAGUCAUGGCUGUAAAAUUAACAGUAUGGGUGAAAAUCCCGAUCACUUCUAACAACUUGUUCAGGGCUGUCAAUAAGGGCUAGUAGCCGGCCAAAAUCACCGGCUAGUUAGCCAUCCUUAGCCGGCUACUUUCAUCUCCUUCUAUCAUAACCGCUAACCAAAAAUGAGCUCCAUUGAAUAAAAUUGUAAAGCAUCCGUGUUCCCAUUUUGAGUGACAUUGAACGCAUAUACCAUGUGUGGAAUGCCUGCGAUAUUUCGAUGGUAUUGUUCCCAGUGUUGCAAGUAUUCUGAUGAAACAGCAUAGCAUCUGUGGUGGUAAAUACCUCUUGAAAACCCCUGGAAAUGCCAUUUCUGAGACUCUAAAUUUCAAAAUGUCCCCAGAUGCCUCAGCCCUCAAAAACUUGUGCCUUUGGUGCGAGUUCCAAAGCCACCUACUAUUCAUUAUCAGCCUACUACUUGAAAACUUUUUACAGCCCUGCUUGUUAAAAGAUCGCUGAAGGCUGAAAGUUUUUAUCAACAACAAUACUUUUUCCAACGACAGAUAUGACACCAAUAGCCCACUUUACAGUUACAGGUGGAAGUGAGGCUGGAGCUGACCUUGUUUUGAUACAAUCCUUUCUACUUUUCUACAUGUAGGUAAGAAAAGGAAGGAGGUUUGUGUCAAACUAGGUCAACCGCAGCCCCGAUCACCUUUACUCAAAGGCUAGGAUAGUAAGCCAACAACUGUAGAUAUGUAAAAUGUCGUGAUAAAAUACAUUGCGGGUGCACGAGACUGAUUCCAUCUUGUCCGUCAUCAAAAAGACGAGAAGCACAUGAAGCAGGCAUUGUUUGCUACUAUGAUUUAUUUGUUACUUAAUACAUGGAAAUUGCCUUGUAAAGGGCUUAGAAUAAUGCAGGGCUUAAUUAAGUAAGGAAUAUUAAAGGCAGUGUAUUCAUGAAUUUGUUGACGUAGCAUUUCAUUGCAUGAAUGGUAGUGUAUUGUAAUAUCUUCUUCACAUAUUAAUAAUCAUUUAGUGGUUAUAAUAAUAUCAUGGUUUGCCAAUGAAUCAGAGUAUGGUUGCAGCCCUAGUAAAACUCAGACACUCAAAAGGCAGUCAGAGAUGCAGUGUUCUCCCUAAAUUUUAGUUCAGCAGGUUGGGGAUCAUUAAGAACCGGUAAGGCAAAAAAUAUGCAACACAGAGGUACACUUUUCCGGGGGCAGGGGGGGUAGUGGAGUGCGGGACAUGACCCUGCCCUUAAUGGGAAAUUUAGGAGCCAAACGUACUUCUUUAAUUUUCGCAAACCUUCAAGCGGUUGCAGGCGGUAAAAAGUGUUGCUUUAGGCAGUAAAUUUUACCUGUUACCUCCUGAUAAGGAGAACACGGGAGAUGUUCAGAAGCUUUGAGUCUUACAGUUACCCUUUUAUCAAAAUAUUGUUUUGCUUCUAAAACAGGAAACACAUGAUGAGGAUUUAAAUGAACCUAUGGUUGAUGAAAGCUCAAUGCAAAGUGAAUUCAUUAGUGAUUCAUUUGCUACAGAACAAGGUAAAUAAAUUAUCUAAAUAUUUAAAUCCCCUCAUUAACUGUUUUACAGCUUUACAAAAUGAAAACUAUUUUCACUCAUAUGUGCAUUCAGGAGUGUGAGGUGCAGGGUGUGACAUCUUGUUGUGUUUCUUGUAGAACUAAGUCGCGAUGACCUUAGACAAAUUGGGGUAGACAAAAAGGAUGGAGAUAAGGCUAGCCAAUCAAAAGCAACAAAUGAGACAAUACCAGCAGGUGAGACAACAGUAUUAUAAAAAUAAUAAGAUAGAAUUUUUCCAAGUACCGCCAGAUGGACACGUGCUAAAUUGAAAUCAGCCAUGGAGCCAUUUAGUUGGCAGCAGUUAAUAAGUUCAGCACUAAAGAGACUGGAGUGAGGUCUACAGUUACAGUGAUGUGGUUCUGGUCAAAUAUGGAUCCCCGCCUUAUGACCACCCUGUUUGUACAACCACCUUGUUAUUAUGACCAAGUUAAAAUCACUGAGUCAUUUUAUUAUUUUGAAGACCCCAUUCAUGCGACCACCUUGUUAUUACGACCAGGAUUUAAUGGUCCAACGGUGGUCGCAUUAACAGGGUUCCACUGUAAAUGAAAUUGGGGAAAAAUCGUUUUCAGGAUAAUUAUUAAUUUAAUGAAGAGUAUUUUCUUAGUAGCUAACAAUAGGGUGGUUGUUUUGUGCUGGGCCUGCUUGAAUGACUUUGAAGUUCUUUGACCUCAGCUAGUCUCUAUGGUGAUAAGGUUUUCUAGCUAGAGUGCCUUUAAUUUAAUUCCCCUAUAGGCACAAUGCAGUAUUCUUUUUCAGUCAGAUUGUGAUCUUUAUUGUGUUAAAUUUAUGUUAGGUGAAAUUUAAUCUUGCUCUAUUUUUGUGUUUGUCUUUGUAAGAAACUCAAGAUGACAUUCCUGAAUGGGAAAAAGAGCUUCAAGCAGAAUUACAGGUAAAGUUACAUGUAUUAUAGUGUAGUGUAAGGUUGUUUUAAUCCUGGUCAUAAUUUGUUUACGCAAAUUUUGAUCCAAAACUGACAUAUUGGAUCUAGCUCGGACAGAGUUUCAAACUAAUGAAUAACUAUACGAAAAUCCCAUUUCCAUUUCCAUCACCUCAAUCAAGAUGGGCAUCUCAAACAAUCGUCAGGUCACUAUUAAUUAAGUUUUAAGCCCGGGUGAUACAAGCUUUUACCAAUAAAAUUUUGACCGUCCAUGUUGGUAUCAAAAAUAACAUGCACACACCAAUAUUUGUCAAUUCAGUUUUGUCAGCACUAUUCUUAAUCAGCAUGAAGGUAUGCUUUUAUUGUAGCUUUUUUCACAUUUUUAUUGGACUAAAUCUCUCUAAAUAAAUAGAUGACGAGAGGUAAACAAAAAAAAAGACCAAAAGGUAAGGUGCAAAUGGAAACCGGAAGUCCCAUGCAGAGCACCUCCCAAAUAAUUAAAUCAGUAAAAAUCAAGCUAAUGAAACUAUUGUUGCCAAUGGCAACCACAAUUACUUGCAAGACCCCAUGAACACAGUUUAUCAGGGUCAAAAACUUAUGCUAACCCAUCACUGAACAAUUCAGUUAUUCUGAAAUGUGCGCACUACAUGCAGUUGGAAGGAGGGGGGGUGCUUAUUUGAAGCUGGGGGUUAAAUUUUUUACUAUGAGAAGCUCAUGUCUUCACAAAGCUUGUAAUUUGCCAGGGUGAUGUUUAUUCUAUACGGUCAACCAUUAUUACUAUUCUAAUAUCUAUAUCAUUAAUUUUAAUACUUAUUUUGUUUCUUGUUAAUUCAGGAUUUUGAAGUUGUAGAUAAUGAAGAAAAUGCUGAGUGGGAAAAGGAGAUAGAAGACAUGUUAGAGGAGGAGGAUAACAAAUAAUUUGAUAAAUAGUUAACAAAAUAAUAAUAAUUAAAAAAUAAUUUUCACUGCCAGCAUUGUCUAUGGCGUAACAGAUAAUCCACUCAGACUUUGCUCCUAUUCUCACAUUUUACCCAAAGUCAAGGCUUUGGCCAGGCAGGUGUCUGGGUUUCCUGGGACCAAAAAAUAACUUUUUUUCACAUAGCAGCCUUAGAAAUUAUUGUUGGCUUAUGAACUCAGGUGGAUGCCUUCUUCUUAUUUCCAAUUCCUGGUUACAGGUAGUCAGAAUGAUAUAAUCAGUCAAACCAUCAAAAAUGGACUUCAUUAUUAGUUAAAUAUAAUUUUUAGGAAUAAUCUUCUUACCUACUAGUAUUUCAGCCUUAUUUAAUCCUAAAAAUUAUAUUUAACUUUGUGAUUUUUUUUAGCAUAUUUUGAUCUGCUCCUAAUAACCUGUCGAAAAUGUGCCUACGUGUACCUCUUUGGUGUUCUCUUAGUGUAAAUUAAAAAAAUAUAUUUAUUACAUGUCCAUUGACACAAUAUACAGUCAUGUAGAGUGGACAGUAAUAUUGUUUUGUAAAAAUGGUAUUUAGUUAGUUUGCAUUGUGCGGCUUAAGACUAACAUUUUGGUUUACUAGUCGAGUGGCUGGUGACUGGUUGGAUUAAACAACAGCCAAUGAAAACAAUAAGUAUUUUUUGUAGAAGCCAAAGAGAAGUUAGUCUUAAGCCCAGCAUUGACAUCACUGGGAAGCAUAUUAUGUAUAGAUGUCUGAGCAUAAUAAAUCAGAAUUUCUGAUAGCUUUCUGAAUGUGUAGAUCACUCUUCACGAUAAACUUUUUGUGACUUCAGGUGUUAUAAAAAAUCAUGCUUGCGGGAUAGUUACUUCACAUAAGCAAAAUGCACAUCUCACAGUCCUGACACUGACUCAAAAAGUCCUGUAGCUGUAGAAAAUGAUAUACCUUGAUGAACCAUAGCCCGUAAUGUGUAUGUUGGGUUUUAUUAUUUUACAAGGGAGUGCUUCCAAAACUGUGUGGUUGAUCACAAAUCAACCAGGCUUACAGGGUUAACAGACACUGGUGUGACAAGGAAAUCAACUUAUCCAGGAUGAAUGGACAGGACAUUUUCCAAGGCUGUCUUAAAAAUGGCGAUACAAUCCACUCACUCCACCCACUUGUGAACCAUCCAAACUACAAGUUGCUAUCAGACAUUAUACUUUAUACCGUUUAACUUUUGGGAAAUAUUACCGGUACCUUUAAAAAAACCACCAUUCUUAAUUAAGCUGGUGUGUAGGUGUGUUAGUUGCAUAACUGAACAGCAUUAAGAACAUGUAAUGUUCUUUAAUCUUUGUAAAAAAGAUUAUAUUUUGAAUUAUAUUUUUGGGGAUGAAAGGAGUGUCAGGUGUUGUCACCAGUAGAGCAAAGAUUUUACCCUCAAUAUCUACAUACAUGCAGAAAUUCUCCAGACCUUUCAUUAGUUUAGAGAAUUUGGUAGAAGAUCAAAGCAUUUCCCCUUAAUUUUACUGAUCAUUAUAUAAAUUUUCAUAACUUUGUCUCUUGAUGGUGUAUGCUGGGAUAGUGUUAGGAGAAAAUUGAUUUUGGUUACUCUUGGGACUUGGAGGGUUCAAAAAAAGCAAUAAAGUUUCUUAGAC